AUAACAGUCGUGUAGAUGAUGUUUUCUCUGUUUUUGCUCUUUCCUUACACAGGCACAGUGAAGUUUCAGCCAUCUCUUUGGCCCUGGGACUCGGUGCGUAACAACCUGCGCAGUGCCCUGACGGAGAUGUGUGUACUCUAUGAUGUGCUCAGUGUGGUGAAGGAGAAGAAGUACAUGGCCUUAGACCCAGUGUCUCAGGAUCCGGCAGCUGGCAAGACCCCCCAGGUGUUCCAGCUGAUGAGUAAAAAGAAAUCUUUGGCCACAGCAGCACAGCUCCUCGUGAAGGGAGCGGAGAAACUCAAUAAGUCCGUAGCAGAGAACAUGGAGAACAGGAGGCAGAGGGACUUCAACUCUGAGCUGCUGCGACUCCGCUCGCAGUGGAAACUACGCAAAGUGGGAGACAAGAUCCUGGGAGACCUCAGCUACCGGAGUGCAGGUUCUCUUUUUCCUCAUCAUGGCACGUUUGAGGUGAUCAAGAACACAGACAUUGAUCUGGACAAAAAGAUCCCGGAGGACUACUGCCCCCUUGAUGUCCAGAUCCCCAGUGAUUUGGAGGGAUCUGCUUAUAUCAAGGUGUCCAUCCAGAAACAAGCUCCAGACAUCGGUGAUCUGGGAACCGUCAACCUGUUCAGGAGACCGCCAAAAACCAAAGCUGGCACCCAGGCGUGGCAUGUGAAGCUUGAGGCGGCUCAGAACGUUUUGCUCUGUAAGGAGAUCUUCGCCCAGCUGUCCAGAGAAGCUGUCCAGAUUAAAUCCCAGAUCCCUCACAUUGUUGUGAAGAAUCAGAUCAUCUCGCAGCCCUUCCCAGGUCUGCAGCUCUCCAUCUCACUGUGCCACUCCACGGGAGAGAAGAAGAACCAUCGGGCGUCUCCAGAGAAACCCAAACCAGACGACCACCUUUACGUACUGGAACACAAUCUACACCAAAUGAUGAGAGAGUUCCACAAGCAGCAGCUGAGCUCUGUGGUGAUGCCACAUCCUGCCAGCGCCCCCUUUGGACACAAACGCCAGCGCCUCGCCGGGCCCAUGGCCUACGAUAAAGCUGAAAUCUCCAGCUUGCAGCAUAACGAGGGUCUUUUGGAGAAGAUCAUCAAACAGGCCAAACACAUCUUCCUACGUAGCAGGACGGCACGGACCAUUGACAGCCUGGCCAGCCGCAUAGAAGACCCCCAGAUUCAGGCUCACUGGUCCAAUAUCAACGAUGUGUACGAGUCCAGCGUCAAGGUGCUAAUCACCUCUCAGGGCUACGAGCAGAUCUGCAAGUCCAUUCAGCUGCAGCUGAACAUCGGUGUCGAGCAAAUCCGAGUGGUGCACAGAGAUGGACGUGUUGUCACACUGUCACACCAGGAACAGGAACUGCAGGACUUCCUCCUCUCACAGAUGUCACAGCAUCAAGUACAUGCAGUUCAGCAGCUGGCCAAAGUGAUGGGCUGGCAUGUCCUAAGCUUCAGUAACCAUGUAGGCCUGGGCCCAGUGGAGAGCAUUGGAAAUGCCUCCGCUGUCACUGUUGCCUCUCCCAAUGGAGAAUACGCCAUCUCAGUGCGUAAUGGUCCAGAGAGUGGGUGCAAAGUUUUGGUCCAGUUCCCACGCAGCCAGACCAAAGAGCUGCCGAAGAGCGACGUCAUCCAGGAGGCCAAGUGGAGUCACCUCAGAGGGCCGUGCAAAGAGGUCCACUGGAGCAAGAUGGAGGGACGAAACUUUGUGUACAAGAUGGAGCUCCUCAUGGCCGCACUGACUCCCUGUCCUUAGAUCCAGCCUCUCGUACACAGAGCCAUGGUUUAUAGAUAGUUACACUGCAGUGAACUGGACAACCAACCACUCCCACAUAGGAUCCACAUUGUGUAGAGAUUUUCAGCCACAGCAUUUGUGUUUUAAAAUCUUUAAGUGAAAGCAGCACAUUACAGGCCUCUUUGUCAAAAACUUCAUGUGCACUUCUUUUUUUUUUUACACACCUCAUGAACUUUUUGAAAACUGCCGUAAACUCCUUUCCACCUCCGAUAGUGUCUGCUGCCGGCUUUGUUUUUGACAAUGCAAGGGGUGGGUUGUAUAUUACAUAUACCUCAAACAAUUUGAUACUGAAUAAAAGCAGUCUAUGUAUUUGUGCUGAUUUAUAAUGUCAUAAGAAUAAAGUUAUGAAUUACAUGUUUUCUAACAA